GUCAUCCCAAAAGGUCCACCAGAAGAAACUCUGUAAUCUGUAUUUAUCUCUUCACAUGACUUCAAAAGUUUACAUAUUUAAACAGAUUGAUUCGUAAGGUGGUUGACCAAAGUCACCAAACUUUCCGUGGUCUUUACUCCUAGGGCACAGGACUCAGGAUCAGCUACAAACAAGAUGUGUAGAAUAGACUACAAAACCCAAUCAAGAGCAAAUGUGUCAGUUACUGAUCUGGAGCCAAUAUUCAGUUAUGUGCAUCUUAUUCAACAGUUUUCUGUGCAGUCGUCUUGCCUUGAAAGAGGGUUUUGGCAGAUUCUUAUUACUGUUGAUAGUGGACUUCUGAUGGAGCAUGGGGUGGAUCUAAAUCAAGGGAAGGAAACUCCUGCAUCUGCAGGGCAUAUCUUACAGUGGAGCCAAUGGCAAUUACUUGAUUCCAUUCUUCCAACAGGUGGUUUUGCUCAUUCUUUUGGUCUUGAAGCUGCUGUCCAAGCUUAUAUGGUUUCAAAGCCUGAAGAUCUUAAAACAUAUGUGAUCCAUGUAUUGGAAAACACAGGGAGCCUACUUCUUCCUUUUGUGUAUGCUGCAUCUAAGUGCCCCAACAUGGAUACCUAUACAAGACUUGAUAAAAUUUUAGAUGCAACACUAACAAAUGAAGUAAGUAAGAAAGCUUCAAUUUCCCAAGGAUCAGCACUUCUGAGGAUAGCUGCCGCUGUGUUCGUAGAACUUCCUUCUCUCAAAAAAAUGAGGGACACCUUGCUUGGUUCCGGGACUGUUUCUUUCCACCAUGCCCCUGUCUUUGGGCUUAUAUGCGGACUUCUUGGAUUUGACAGUGAGACUUCUCAGAGGGCUUACAUGUUUAUUACAAUGAGAGAUACUAUUUCUGCAGCCACAAGGCUUAAUUUGGUUGGGCCUUUGGGUGCAUCUGUACUACAGCACCAGAUUGCUCAUAUUGCUGAAGAACUAUUAAGUAAAUGGAUGAAUCGUGCUGUUGAAGAAGCAUGUCAGACUGCUCCUUUGCUUGAUACAGUCCAGGGAUGCCAUGGCUACUUAUUUUCUAGAUUGUUCAGUUCUUGAAUAGCAGGGGACAUUGUUUGUACACUGGUAAAAUUUUAGGUUGACAAGCAUAAAAAUGCAGGUUGAAGUCUGAGAGCAGCCACUUGGUGCAAAAAUUACUAAAGGCUAGGUUUGUGGCAGUUCAUCCCUCCCAAGGCCCCAGAUUGCCAGGACCAGAAUUGGGUAAGUCCCAAGACCCCAGAUUCUCCCAAGGCUAGGUUUGUGGCAGUCACUUGGUGCAAAAAUUACUGAAGGCUUGGUUUGUGGCAGUUUGUUGGUGGUCCAACAAACUGUUUGGUUCUCUCUCUCUCUGGAUCCAGAGGAUUUUCUGAUAGUACUUUCAUUCAGGCCUUUGAUAAGAAGGGAUCAAAGUUGAUAUUGAUAGUUUGAUACUUGAUUUGACAGGAAUAGUAUUGAUAACAUAUUGAUGUAGGAUUC